AGUACAUGCAAUUUAUCUCCAGAUCAGAGAUGGCGCUGUUUCCAUCACAGCCCUCGUGAUGUAAUUAACGAUGACGUCUGUCCGGUGACGUUCAAACACGAGAACGACAAAAGCGAGUGAGCGUGCUAAACCUUCCCAAGGUUGCAUGUGAGGGCCAUGGCUCGCGGGCAGCAGAAGAUUCAGUCCCAGCAGAAAAACGCCAAGAAGGCCGCCGAGAAGAAGAAGGGGCAGGCGGCCGACCAGAAGACGGCGGCCAAGGUGGCACUAGUCCACACGUGUCCUGUUUGCAGGACGCAGAUGCCCGAUCCAAAGACUUUCAAGCAACACUUUGAGAGCAAACACCCCAAGUCUCCGAUGCCCCCCGAGUUGGCCGACGUUCAAGCUUAAAGGAGCACAAACGAACCGACACAACUCUAUAAGAUGGAUGAAGAACACGAGGACCAGUCUAACGGCAAGGAGGUGACGUGCGCAUGUGUGCGUGUGUGAGAGAGACAAAGAAGACAAGGGGCACAAGUCCACCAGCAGCAUCCCGUUUUUAACAAAAAACUGCAUAUUUAUUGUAUACGAUUAACAUGCAUACAAACUGUCAGCAUUGCGUGCAAAGGUUGGAUGACAAGUUGAUACAUUUCAGCUCAUAUUUUCUUUUUUCAUUUGUACCCCCCUCCCCACCAAAUUUUUUUAAAGUCCCUAGUGACGCAAGCUGCGGUCGGAAGCUUAAAAAAAAGUAAAAAAUAAACCACUAAAUAUUAGGUGCUUAGCAACAGUACCACAGCCUCUUUUUUUCCCUUACCAUGCGUCACAUUAACGUCUUGAAUAUGUUCUUCAUUUGAAAUAGUAACUACUACUAAUUAACCACAACUAGAAGCACAAACGAGUGCUUGGCGUGGCUUCAAAAUCAACUUUAAAUGUACAACAUUGUACUGGAGUCUCUUCGAAGGACUAUUUAGAAUGUUGUGUGACCAAAUAACGUGUGUGUAUCUUGUAAUAAAAAUUCAAGUCCA